CAUCUCUCAACUUUUUUUCACUCGCCCUUUCAUCCUCAUCACCAUCCUCAAAAUGAUGUCCCUUCGCACUCUCGCUCGCUCCGUGCCUCGCACUGUCUCGCGCUCCGUCGCUAUCUCCCGCCCCGCUGUUUUCCGUCCGGUCUCCGCCGUCCCCAAGAAUGCCUUCCAGUCGUCUCUGAAGCAGGUUACGAGACCUUCGUAUGCUGCUUUCUCAACCUCUCGCGCAUUCAAGCAGUCCCCUGCCGAAGGUGACGUCGAGCUGGUCGCCAAGCUUGAGGAUGAGCUGAAGCACGAGAAGGCUUCCGGCCUCGAGGACCUCGAAUCCUCCGUUCAGAACAUUCAGUAUGUUCUUCAGAACAACUCCUGGGAGGUCAAGGAUGUUCCCGGCGAACAGGAGGUCGUCCUGACCAAGAAGUUCGGCAACGAAGAGAUCCGCCUCACUUUCACCGUCGCCGACCUUCAGAACCUGAGCGAGCAGGAGGACUUCGAUGACGCUGCUCUGGACGAGCUCGACUUCCAGGGUCACAACCCCGCCAACCAGGGCCGCCCUGGCAAUGUCUCUCAGCACCCCGAGGACCGUGUCGCCCCCGCUGACCGUGAAGGCGAGGACCUCGACCGUGACCUUGAGCCCAGCUUCCCUGCCCGUGUCAACAUCACCAUCGAGAAGCCCAGCAAUGGCUCCCUUCUGAUCCAGACCGUUGCUCAGGAUGGCCUGUUCCAGAUCGAGGAAGUCUCGUACUUCAACAAGCCUGAUCUGGCCCACGCCCAGACCGCCGAGAAGGACUGGGUUAGACAGAGCAUGUACGCUGGGCCUCCUUUCGAGAACCUUGAUGAGGAUCUGCAGACCUUCCUGGAGCGUUACCUUGACGAGAGGGGCAUCAACGCCGAGCUUGCCAACAUGAUCCCCGACUACAUCCAGGUUAAGGAGCAGAAGGAGUACGUUCGCUGGCUCGAGAACGUCAAGAACUUCGUUGCUGCUUAAACGCAGAACAUCGACCAGCUGGUGCAUCGGUUCUUCACGAACGAGCAGUCCAGGACGCU